AUGUCAUUAAAAAGUCAAGAAAAUAAACGAAAAAAAGAAAGUGGAGUAAUUAAAACAAGAAAUCCUGAAGGACAAAAAAGUUCCCAUGAACAGAAAAAAAGGAGAACAGUCAAUGAUGAACCAACAGAAGAGUCUGUUCUCUUUGAUGAAUCAAAUGAGGAUGUUUUAAUUAAUUCUAUUGAUAAAUCAGAUUUGAAAGGAGAGACAACAUUACCAGUUUCAAAGAAGAUCAUUGAUACUUCAAAGCAAGAAUUUUUGCAAAGAAUCUCCAAGAAAUUCAAGAACUAUCAAGAAAAAAUUCCAAAGUCACGCCAAAUUAUAACGUUGGGUUACUGGGGCAUCUUUGACCUAACGCAGGAAAGUCUCUAUGGGUGUAUAGAGUUCUCCCAAAGUGAAAUCAAUGAAAUCUCUCAAGGUUUUGCCAAUAGUGUUCACUGGUCUCCACAACCAACACCAAAAAACCUUUGUGAAUAUUUUGAUUCUGGCUGUGAUCCUGUUAAACUUGUAGAUUAUGAAGAUAACGAAAAACUACACGCGAAUAUUCAAUUUAUAAUAUUUAAUAUGUCUAAGAAGGGAGCCAAGACAGAGGAAGAACUUAAAUUUACCACAAUAUACCCUUUAUUUAAUGCAGUUAUGGACACUUCAUUAGUGAAAGAUAUAUGGGGAGAGACUCAGGCACUUAGUUCGAAAAACUUGAGGAAUGAAAAUGCAAAUCCUUUUAUCAAAGCUCACAUGGGAAGAAAGGUGGAUAUUUCUUGCUUAAAGAUAAUAAUAAUGGAAUCCUGA